AGGGAGAUGCUUUUCCAAAAUUCUUCGACAGCCUGUCUAAAAAUGUCAAGUGGAAGACGAUAAUGAUCCAGCCUUGGAACACCUUCGCUCCUAAUGAGAUUCGAGACGUUGAGCCCCCCAAACCUUUCUUUGAAAAAGUGAAAAUACAUCGCGCGAUCUUCUAAGAGUUUUCAAAUCGCUUUGGAAAGCUUGCUACUGUGAUUGGACGCAUGAAAUGAAACGAAGAGUCUAGAUUUAAUGUAUGUUUAGGAGCACCUCAUUAGUGCAAAUAUGGGCUGUCUAGUGGGAAACCCGAUCCAAGCUUUGAGCCUCGCCCCUUUGACACAUGUCAAGUCUUCAAAGCAAAAGCACCAUCUAUGUUAGGGUCAACUUCCAGUGGAACACAAUCAAUUAUUGUUCUUCAUAUUUUGAACAUACCCCUGAGGAUUUAGAUUCACACAUACAAUAUUGAUCAGUGCUAUUUGUUCUCUUUAGAUUACUUAUGCUACAUGUUCCACGGCCUUUCACUGACAGUAAAGCAAUACAAUUCAGUGUUGGACCCUGCAUGAGAAGUGUUCAAGAAACAUGCACAAGUGUUCCAGAAAAAUAUUCUUACUUUCACAAUGACAGCUUGAUCCAAACCCGAGAACAACUGCACAGGACCCUCUUCAUUCCAAAACAAAGGCAAGGCCACUAAGAUCUAUUCGAACCCUAACAUAUGUCUUUGGAAGGUGGAACCAUUGAUAUUCAAGUUGUGAGUUUGGUCAGGUCACUUGAGAGUAUCAAGUGACUGAGCUACCAAAGCGCCACAAAAAUCCAUGGAACUGAAUCCUCCACUGACUCCCGUUUCAUCGUCCAGAGGUCGAGCCAAUCACGAGGCCCUCUCUGCUUCCUGUUUGUCCAUCCCAACCGAAUUUUCUCGGACCAAACCUGGGAGAUAUCGCGAGUCAAGUCUUCCACGGACCGGAGGGUUCGUAAGCAAAUCCAGUUAUUCAAGUCACCAAUCCAGCUAUCGAACGGAAGAACAAGGAGGGAUGAGACUCUGUCGAAGUUCAUCUGAGUCAAAAGUUUCGAGCAAGAGCAAAAAAGCCGAGGAAAGGGCUGGAAAGUAUAGAAGUGUCCACUUUGACGGGUCUUCGAGUCCCAAUCACUAUGACGAAUUCAACUUGGAACCUAUUUCAAUCAUCGGUCGACACCAAGGCCAACGACAGCGAGCUUCAAUGGACGAAUCUGACGUCUUCUCCAGUGGAGACGACGGAGUGCCUCCACAGAAUGGCAAGAAAAAGAUAAUUCACGCCAAAAGGCCCAAUAAUCUGCUCGGGAACAUCAAAUCUAAGAUCAAAAGGCGGAGAAGCAAAUCCAAAUACGAUGUGACUCCCCAUGAAGAUGAGGGAUUCGAGAGUGGGUUGGAGAGAAAUGGGACGACUAAUAAUGGCCAGCCUGGAAAUCGAGAUUCUUACUAUGCUGAUGUUGAAGAUGUGGAUGAGAGUCCAACAAAGGAACUCGCUCCACUUGCCCAUGUAGAAGAUAUAGAAGAUCCGAUCCAGGACAACAAUGACAGUGACACCACCAAGGAGCUAAUUGAGCCGAUCGAGGCACCCAAAGAGCUCACUGAGGAAGAGAGGAAAAUAGAGUUACGAAAACAUCCGUUUUUCAAGAUUCAUACCCAUGUUAAUUCCGGGAAAGGGUUGAUUGCAAUGGACCGAGGAGGGACGAGUGAUCCAUAUUUAAAGUGUAUCCACGGUCAAGAAAAGUUGUUCCAAACUAGAGUCGUCCAAAAGACAACUAGUCCAGUUUGGAAGGAGAAUUUCAUCUCAUACGUGGAUAACCCUUUCAAGCCCGUGACAUUCCAGGUCUACGACAAAGAUUUGGUUGGAACAGAUGACUUCAUGGGCGAAACAACGUUGGACUUGACGUCACUUCAACUUGGAAAAAUGACAGGACUGGUCUUGGAUCUAAAGAAUGGAGACAAUGAGGAUUUGAUCAAGAAGAAUAAAAAACGAAAGCCCUUAGGGGCCAUCAAUAUCAAAAUCAGUCUCCUUCCCAUCUCCAAAGAGGAUAUGAACGAAGUGCUGAGGGCUGAGAAGCUGAAUAAAGGCGGAAAAAGUAAAGGUCUAACCUGGUCAGCUGUCGUCCACGUGGUCAUGGUUCAAGCUCGGGAUUUGAUUGCAAUGGACGCGGGAGAUUCAAGUGAUCCAUACUGUAAACUCGCACUUGGUCGAGAGAAAUUCAAGACCAAGUCCAUCUCGAACACUAUCAAUCCCAAAUGGAGGGAAGGCUUUGACCUUUACUGGUACGAGGAAUUCGAUAGUGAGCUAGAAAUGUCCAUCUGGGACAAGGAUAUUGGAUCCAAAGACGACUUUAUGGGAAGAGUCCGAGUUAAUUUGAAAGAAUUAGCCAAGGAAGUGACCCAUAACCUUUGGAGGGAUGUUGAAAAUGGGAAAGGCCAAAUGAACAUUCUAGUGACCAUCUCAGGAACAACAAAGGGCGAUGCACCCUCAAAUUUAGCCAAAUGGGAGGAUGAAUUGGACUCGAUGCAAAAAUCUUUGAUUCAAAAAUAUAAAGCUGCCAACACCUUUUACAAGAUGAAAGAUGUAGGGCACUUGAUAGUGAAGGUGUUCAAGGCCCAAGGUUUACACUCUGCUGACCUUGGAGGAAAAUCGGACCCGUUUGUCGUUUUGGAACUCGUCAACAGCCGUCUUCAAACAAACACGGAGUAUAAGACCCUCGCCCCGACCUGGUCCAAAGUGUUCCAAUUCGAAGUGAAAGAUAUUCAUGAUUUCUUGGAUCUCACGGUUUACGAUGAAGAUAAGGAUCACAAAUAUGAGUUCUUGGGGAAGGUCAGGGUUCCAUUACUUCGCAUCCGUAACAACGAAAGACGAUGGUAUUUCCUCAAAGAUAAAAAAUUGAGAAAAUCCGCCAAAGGCGACUCACCUCAGAUUCUACUAGAAAUGUUCUUCGUUUAUAACAAGUUUCGGGCUGCAAUUCGGACGAUCAACCCUCAGCAAUUGAAGUACGAGGAUAAAUCUGAUACCAAAUUCAAACAUGCGACCUUCAUGAGAAAUUUGAACCGGGUCAAGGCCGCCACUGCCGAUUAUAACCCAGAUGUUGUAUUUCAAGAAAUCAGAAAAGUUCUCCAUUGGGAGAAUCCGUGGAAAUCUGCAGGCUGCUUUGUGGGAUUCCUUCUUGGAGUCUACUUCUUGGAACUUUGGAUGGUGACCUUGGCGUUGUUAAUCCCUUUCAUCAAAAACAUCAUUGUGAUUUCUGUGACUGGAGGAUGGCGAACCAUUCAAGAUGACGAAGAUUAUGAUGAUGAGGAAGAAGAAAUCGUCACCGAUGGGAAAGACAAGGAAGGCGAGAAAAAGAGUCUGAAAGAAAAGAUGCAAGCCAUGCAGGAAGUCACCCUGAUGGUUCAAAAUGGAUUGGGACUGGUUGCCCACGUUUUGGAGAGUCUGGGAAAUGUGUUCAACUUUAGUGUGCCGUUCUUAUCUUGGAUGGCGUUUGUUAUUUUCUGCAUCGUUACUUUGAUUCUUUACUUUGUGCCGUUAAGGGCCAUUAUUUUUGUUUGGGGAAUCAACAAGUUCACCAAAAAGCUGCUCAGACCAAGGUCCACCGAUAACAACGAGUUAGCAGAUUUUAUAUCUAGAGUUCCGGACAAUGAGGAAUUGAAAGAUUUCCGGGAACUUCAGCCUCCGGAUGAAGCAGCCAAGAAGGUGGUGGCCAAAAGACGUCCCUUGGGCGACAACGAAGUCAUUUGAACCUGAUUACACUUCCAAACGCAUUUCCAAUCCUGUUCAUUGUUACCAUUUGUCAAGUUUAAAUCCUUAUAUGUAUUUCUUGAAUACCAAACAUUUUACAUCAUA